GCGAUUCUAUUCCCGUACACCACAAGGAAACACGCUUUAGAUAACACACGAAAUGUCUCUGCGGCCUUACUUCUUCGACUACGACCUUCCAAGAUGGCCGAGGCGUCUUCUCGACCAGAACUUCGGAUUAACCGUCACUCCAGAUGACUUAAUGGCGGCGUCUAUCAAUCCUAUCAGUCCAAUUGUGUCUGGUGUGCAGCCCUGGUGGCCUAAAGCUGCUGGAUCUUCGAUAAAAGUGGACAAAGACAAGUGGCAAGUCAACGUUGAUGUACAACACUUCUCUCCUGAUGAAAUUACUGUCAAGAUCAGCAAUGGCUUCAUCGUUGUCGAGGGUCAACAUGAAGAGAAGCAGGACGAGCAUGGUUUUAUUUCGAGGAAGUUUGUGAGGAGAUUCAAACUGCCGGAGGGAAGUAACCCUGAUUCUGUGGAGUCCAGACUGUCUUCUGAUGGUAUUCUUACAGUGAUUGCUCCUAACAAGGCUGUGACUGAUAAAGGAGAGAGGGCAGUUCCUAUAACUCAUACUGGACCAGUGAGGAAGGAGGUAGCCGAAGAACCAAAGAAGGAAUAAGUGUUAAAAACAAACAGACUGUUGAAGACUGCUUUUGAUACCAUCAUCAUCAUCGGCCUAGCCUUUUCCCAACUAAGUAUGUUGGGGUCGGCUUCCAGUCGAACGGAUGCAGCUGAGUACCAGUGUUUUUUAAGACUGCUUUUGUAUUAAGUUUUUUUUACGUAUUAAAGUCUAUUUUUGUACAA